UCGAAUGCACCCACUUUGGCAUGACGUAGUCAGCAAAUACACCACUUCGAUUGGAUGAAACGUGUGAGGUUGAGUUCGAAGAUCACUCAAGCAGGAAAUGAGUGUGAAUGUCAUCAGCUGCAAAAGCACGCAUGAAUGUAACAUGGAAUAAUCUAUUUUAUGAUCAUUGAAUGUGAUUUAUGAAAACACGGCAUUGAUGUCGACGUAUGCACAUGGCUUGUUAUUUCAGAAGAAGUAUUGCAUCGAAGCUCUCUAGGGCUUUGGGACGGUCUGAAGAUGCCUUCAUUUCUGCUCUCUGUGCUAUCCCAGUCUCCAAAAAACAGCAAUCCCCUGAUUUCCGGUUGUCAGUCAACACUCUGCUGAGGAAUGGGAUCCUGCCAGCUAAUGGAGACCUCCAGGCACAGACAGAGGCUCUGGCCAGACAGUUAAAGCAAGACAGUGUGGUGGAAGAAAUAUUUGCUGGACGGGGAGUGAUACACUUUAGAGUUAGUCGGACUCUGUUAGUACAGAAAGUUUUAGAGCAGUUGUGCCAAGAACGUGACAAAUUUGGUGUGAAAAGUGAACUUUUCGAUGGCCUCAAAAAAGGAACAACUGUGGUGGAGUUUAGUUCUCCAAAUAUUGCCAAGAAGUUUCAUGCUGGACAUCUGCGUUCCACCAUUAUUGGUAACUUCAUUGCCAACCUGAAAGAAUCCUUGGGAAAUAAUGUAUUGAGAGUGAAUUACCUGGGAGAUUGGGGCAUGCAGUUUGGUCUGCUGGGAGCUGGCUUUCAGCGCUUUGGGUGUCAGGAGAAAUUGAAAAAGAAUCCCUUACAACAUCUAUUUGAUGUUUACGUUCAGGUGAACAAGGAGGCGGAGAACAAUGAGGUCAUAGGACAGGCGGCCAGAGAGUUCUUUAGACAGCUGGAACAGCAGGAACAGCAGGCCCUGUUACUAUGGAAACAGUUUAGAGAGAUCACAGUGGAGGAGUACCAACAAGUCUACAAGCGUUUAGGGGUUCACUUUGACAUCUACUCUGGAGAGUCAUUUCACCAACAACAAGCCCAGGAGGUGGUACAGCGGCUACAGAGACUAGGCCUACUAAAAACCACAGAGAAGGGGACCAGCGUGGUGGAUCUCUCUUCAGCUGGAGACAUGUCCAGCUACUCCACAGUACUACGCAGUGAUGGGACAUCUCUCUAUAUCACCAGAGAUCUUGCUGCAGCCAUAGAUCGAAAGGAAAGGUACAAUUUCGAUGAGAUGAUCUAUGUGACAGACAAAAGUCAAGGGAUUCAUUUCCAGCAGCUGUUCCAGAUCCUCUUGGCUAUGGGACACUCGUGGGCUGAAAGGUGCCAGCAUGUGCCGUUUGGCCUGGUGCAGGGUAUGAAGACGAGGCUGGGAGAGGUGGUUUUCCUGGAAGACAUUCUGGAUGAAGCCCGGGCUAGGAUGCUCAGGAACAUGAGCCAGUCUAAGACCACCAAGGAAAUGGUGUAUCCAGAAGACACCGCUGAGAAAGUGGGGAUCAGCGCGCUCAUAGUUCAGGACUUUAAAGGGCCUCUAGGAUCAGACUACAAGUUUGACUGGGACAGGAUCCUCCAGGCCCAGGGUGAUACCGGGGUGUUCCUACAGUACACACACGCCAGGCUCUGUAGUUUAAUACAUCAGCAUGGCGACGGAGAGGAAGGUGCCUUUGACCCGUCACUUCUUAUAGAUCAGAGGAGUAUUUCUAUACUCCAGCACUUGCUUCGCUAUGACGAAGUUCUAUACCAAUCUGCACAGGAUCUGCAGCCAAAACAUCUCGUCAACUUCCUUAUGACACUGAGUCACCUGGUUGCAUCAGCACACAGGGAGCUGCCAGUGAAGGGAAGCCCUCAAGCUGUCGCACAGGCAAGGCUGCGGCUCUUCAGUGGUGUCUGCACUGUGUUGGCCAACGGGAUGAAAAUAUUAGGCAUCACACCAGUCGAGAAAAUGUGAACAAUCAACGCCUGCUUGAUCAAUGUUCCUGUGUAUGUAGUUAUUGUAUUAAUGUAAAUAAAUGUAGUCUUGAUUUAACACUU